AUCUUAGUCCUAAAUCCAUAGCAGAAUUUCUUGAAAAACAAGAAGGAAUCAAGAAUAAUUUUGCAAAACCUCAUGAGCUAUGCAUGAAUGAAUUUAAAUUUGAAAGAAAGGGUAAAGAUGAUACAAUACUUCGAACAUACAAUUAUAUUUUUGAUCGGUAUUGUAAAAUUAGAAAACAAUUAAGUGAAAAUAGAGGUAUUGGCGAUAAAAAAUUAUAUCCUCUUCUUGUACUUCAAUCUACACCUAGAAGAGAAAAAUCCUUCUUCUUGAUGAGUUGGCUUCUUUAA